CGGCUGAGGACAACGGCCAGGGGUGCAAGUGGGUCCCGCCUUGAGGCGAUCCGGGAUCCCGCCCCAGCUGCUACCUGGUCCCCACCAGCUUGGCAGCUGUGUCGAGUCCAGCACGGCUAGGGGCGCGCUCAUGGAGCACACGCACGCCCACCUCGCCGCCAACAGCUCGGCUUGCGGCUUGGGCUUCGUGCCGGUGGUCUACUACAGCUUUUUGCUGUGCCUUGGAUUACCAGCGAAUAUCUUGACAGUCAUCAUCCUCUCUCAACUAGUGGCCAGAAGACAGAAGUCCUCCUACAACUAUCUGCUGGCACUUGCUGCUGCCGACAUCUUGGUACUCUUUUUCAUCGUCUUCGUGGAUUUCCUGUUAGAAGACUUCAUUCUGAGCGUGCAGAUGCCCCAGAUCCCUGACAAGAUUAUAGAAGUGCUGGAGUUCUCCUCCAUCCACACCUCCAUUUGGAUUACAGUCCCCUUAACUGUUGACAGAUAUAUCGCUGUCUGUCACCCACUCAAAUACCACACCGUUUCCUACCCAGCCAGGACCCGAAAAGUCAUUGUGAGUGUUUACAUCACCUGCUUCCUGACCAGCAUCCCCUACUACUGGUGGCCUAACAUCUGGACUGAAGACUACACCAGCACCUCCAUGCAUCAUGUUCUUGUCUGGAUCCACUGCUUCACUGUGUACCUGGUGCCCUGCUCCAUCUUCUUCAUCUUGAACUCAAUCAUUGUCUACAAGCUCAGGAGGAAGAGCAACUUCCGCCUCCGUGGCUAUUCCACAGGGAAGACCACUGCCAUCUUGUUCACCAUCACUUCCAUCUUUGCCACCCUCUGGGCCCCCCGCAUCAUCAUGAUUCUCUACCACCUCUAUGGAUCGCCCAUCCAGAACCCUUGGCUGGUUCACAUCAUGCUGGAUGUUGCCAACAUGCUGGCCCUUCUGAACACAGCCAUCAACUUCUUCCUCUACUGCUUUAUCAGCAAGCGGUUCCGCACCAUGGCAGCGGCUACACUCAAGGCCUUGUUCAAGUGCCAGAAGCAGCCUGUGCAGUUCUACACCAACCAUAACUUUUCCAUAACAAGUAGUCCCUGGAUCUCUCCAGCAAACUCACACUGCAUCAAGAUGCUGGUGUACCAGUACGACAAACAUGGAAAGCCUAUAAAAGUGUCCCCGUGACCCUAUAGGGCUGGCACUUGUGCCUUUUGUGUAAUCUGUUUCCAGAUGAGAGGUUGUCCCAUGCUCUGGCUUGAACAGCUCUCCUUAAGAGUGCUAACCUGAUUUCCUCUCUCCACAGACUGAGCAGCUCUCAGACUGGCAGGAUGAGAAGAGGAAAGAGAAGAAAGGAGAGAAUACAUCUUGUUUUUCUUUGUGCACUUAUAUUUUCACAAAUUCACAAAGGUAGUCACGGUGCCUGCUGGCUUAAAGAUGCCAUUGGCAGUUAUAAAUGUUAUAAAUGCCAUAAUACCGUGACCAAUAAAGACCACAGUAGAGUAGUUAGUGCUGGUACCAUCUACAGCUACUAGGAACCAACCACUCGAAUUGUGGUCCACCAAGCCACCACAGUGUGUAGCUGAACCAUACUCUUCUUCCAAGAGUUGAGGUUACCCAUUGAUUCCCUAUACUAUUUCCAGCAGCCAACAGGAUUGACUGAUUUGGGAUUUUUUUUCCAAGAUACCCUUUGUCCUAGAAAGGGUUGUGUUCUCCCAGUGACCCUAGCAACUCUGGCUGCAGAAUGACAGCGUGGGGAGAGAGAAGUGUAAAAUAUCAUCCAAACUGUCCCUGGAAUGUCUAUGGGGAGGUUCCAAACAAACAUGACUAUGUCUCUUAGACCUGGCGUCUAAGGUGUGGUUUUCUAUUUGCCAUAAUGUGUAGAUCUUUUUUAUGUC